AUGGCCUUCAAUGGGUUUAAAGAGAUAUUCGUCAAACAAAAGACUUUCCGACCAAAGAAAAAAUUUGCUCCGGACACAAUACGCUAUCAUCUUCACAAACAUGCUGAAGCUUCACUAAGUGCAGGUAUCGACCUUCGUGAAGCAGUUAAAAAGCCAGAAGAUGAAGAACUAAAUGAUUGGAUAGCUGUGCAUGUUGUUGAUUUUUAUAACCGCAUCAACCUUAUAUAUGGGACUAUAUGUGACCGAUGCACUGAACAAACGUGUCCAACUAUGUCCGGAGGCAAAAAGUUCGAAUAUCAUUGGCGUGAUAAUGUGCACUACAAAAAGCCCACUCCUCUACCAGCUCCAAAAUAUAUCGAUGAGCUGAUGGAUUGGAUUGAUGCACAAAUAAACGAUCCAUCUUUGUUCCCGACAGAUAUAGGUGUACCUUUUCCAAAGUGUUAUAUUCCAACUGUAAAAAAAAUAUUCGGCCGGCUGUUCCGAGUGUUUGUACAUGUCUACAUUCACCAUUUCGACCGACUGCAUGAGAUAGGAGCGGAAGCCCAUGUUAAUACUUGCUACAAGCACUUCUACUACUUCGUGACUCACUUCGAUCUCAUUGACCGGAAAGAAUUGGAACCUCUGAAUGACUUAACUCAAAGGAUCUGUCACUGA